GAAUAGCCUCCGUUUGGAAUAGGACAGCUCCUCGUUUUCGGUAGUGAGCUCUGUUCAAAGGGUAAGUUACUAAAGUGAGGGCGGUAUGGCGGAAGUAGACAGGGCUCCACAUGGUCAGCAUAGCAGAGCUCGAUCUCCCCCGGGCCACUCUGACAUCCCAGUGUCUGAUGAGGAUAGGCUUCGCCUGCUUAUUUCGAAAUGUUACGAUGACGGGAUUCUCCCAGAGAAGUUUAGGCAUGGCGAGUGGAAGAUCGAAGGGGGAAUCAAAACCUUCGUGGUCAACCCCCGUCUGGAUGAGUUGACCAUGAAUUGGUUAAAGGAAAGAACGGUGACAAUUAUUUUUCAGGGAGCAGCGAGAGAUUUGCCAAUGAAGCUGAGGGAGGAUCUUAUCAGAGCGUACGAGAAUGGUUGGUAUAGGCAGAGAAUUUUUGAUCGUACUAUCAAGAGAGGGAGAGUACACGCAGAAGGACCGAAUGUGGUCUCCUACGUGGAGAAAUCCAGGGAGGUGGCACAAUGGAUGAUCGCGAAAUCUGAAGACAGUGUGGUAAUCAGAGGGAUUGAGUACAAUAUGAUCUUCAAGCCCUGGCUCACCAAAACUGAACUGGAGGAGAGAAGAAGACUGGAGGACGAUUCCAAGUUUUGGGUGAUGACAAUCUGGGUUCCGCUGAGGGCCAUGUUCCAUGUGGAGAGCAUGAUAGAGACAUCGAUGGGCCACGUUAUUAACAGUCUUCCACCGGAACAAGACAAAACUAGACCUAAACCGAUGAACUUGAAGUUCGACCUGGUCAGAGAGGCAGAGGAGAACUUUGAAGCGGAACUGCCAAUCAGGUUGGGAAAUGAAGUGUUGCAGAUCAAGUUUGUUUGCAAGCAUACCCCUUGGUGCACGAGGUGCAGGUGGUGGUAUCAUACAUCUGAGGAAGGGUGCCCGAGAGUGGAGGAAGAUGGUGCCGAGGGAAACAGCGGUCAAAGGCAAGGCGAUAACUUCUCUAAUCGGAGUCAGGGACCAACGGAGGACCGCCACAUCCGGACGGCGGCGAGGGAAGCCUUCCCGCGGCAGGAAGGUCAGGAUCGUCAAGAAAGACCCGGAACGGUAGGCCCAUCUCGUAUCCAAGGGGCAUCGCAGGACGCAAGGAGAGGGACUGCUGGGCAGCUCUCUGCCCGUGCCACUCGGUCAGCGGCUCCACAGUUCUCAAGAGGAAGCGGCGGAGUUGUUCAGGACCGAAACAAAGGGGAUGCUUCGAGGGAUCUGCCCAGGUCACAUGCUUCUGGUAGGGAGCAUGUGGUUCACCAGCAGGGGCAAUUUCUACCCCCCCAACAAAUGCCUAACGCCGGUUUUCACCCAUACAUCCCCCCAUGGGGCCCGAUGGGUUGGCAAGGCAUGGGGUAUCAGCAGCACAAUCCGGUUCUCUCAAUCAAUCUGCCACAGUUCUACAAUAUUUACGGCACUGGCCAAGGCCUGAACUAUCUAGCGCACGAUGUCGGCAGAAGGGAUCUUAUGGUGGAUUAUGGAGGGGCAGACCAUCGAGCGAGAAUCAGGCAAGGAGAUGACGCUUCUAGAGCAAGGGGACAUCAGAUGGUUUAGUCGGACGAGGAAGUUGACCCUGGGGACAACCAAGACUCUGAGGCAUCAUCGUCGGAACAUUCCCGUAUGGAGGCCUCACCAGGCAGGAUACCAGAGGGUGCUGACGCAGCCGGGAGUGACGGUCGGCAAUUUGAGGAGCAGAUCUUGCUCCCACUGGUCUGCUCAAUGCAGGAUCAAAAGGUCUACGUUAUUGGCCUGCUAGAUAGAGAUGACAGACUGAUCCUUCCAACAGCUGGACUGUCUGAUAUCCGGAUGCAGUCAACUGUCAGAGAACAAGUAAAAUAGUCGUUUGCGG